CUGAUCGGGUUGCACACGCUACAAAUAUCCCCCACUAGCUGUUAACGCUGCUGGGUCAUCAGUCAGGAAGAGCUGCAGUCAGCUGGAGUAAAACUUUCCCCUCAAAGGCUAAAGAACAACUUCCCUGCAGAUAUGAGCCAAGAAGCAGCGUUGGACAUUGAGCGCUGCAAUCUGAAUAUCAAGAGCAACAACAGCAGCCACCACACGGAGCCGUUUGGGGGGGAGCGCUUGAUUGUAAGGAGGGGGCAGCCCUUCAGCAUCAUCCUGCACCUGUCACCUAGCAGCAGAGAGCUCAAAGUGGGCGAAACAAACUUGACGUUCGUCGUUGAGACUGGUCCAUUACCCAGAAAAGAAUCUGAUACCAAAGUAACCUUCAUCUCUCAGGAAUCCACCGCUGACACAGAGUGGAGCGCAUCUGCCACAAGAGACGCCUCUGGGAGGACAGUAACUGUGUCCAUCAGUUCCUCCCCAGAAGCCCCCAUCGGGGUGUAUACCCUGACUUUAGAGCAGUUGGGUCAGAAGACCAGUUUAGGACAGUUUACUCUGCUUUUCAAUGCAUGGUGUCCCCAGGACGCAGUCUACAUGCCGAGUGAGGAAAAGAGGAAAGAGUACGUUCUGGCACAACACGGGCUGGUCUACCGAGGAACGCAUAAAAGGAUUAAAGGGAAACCCUGGAACUUUGGACAGUUUGAACCAGGGAUUUUGGACAUCUGUCUGAAGAUUCUGGAUGAUAAUCCUAAAUUUGUGUCGGAUGCAGAUAAGGACAUCUCUGCCCGGAGAAAUCCCAUCUAUGUGACCAGGGUGCUUAGUGCUAUGAUCAACAGUAAUGAUGACCUUGGCGUGUUGGUGGGAGAGUGGGAAGACUUUUCAGGGGGAACUCAUCCUGGACUGUGGAUGGGCAGCGGGGAAAUUCUGCGGCAGUGGGCGGAGAGCGGACCAGUCCGUUACGGCCAGUGCUGGAUCUUUGCUGCUGUUGCAUGCACAGUGUCCAGGGCUCUGGGCAUUCCUUGUCGCGUUGUUACCAACUUUGGAUCAGCUCACGACACCGACGCAAACCUGGUGAUCGAACGCUUCUAUGAUGAAAAUGGAGACAGAAUUUCGGGAUAUGAUUCAAUAUGGAACUUCCAUGUUUGGGUGGAUAGCUGGAUGACUCGGCCUGACUUGGGGAGCAGGUUUGAUGGGUGGCAAACCAGUGAUCCAACCCCACAGGAGACAAGUGAUGGCAUUUUCUGCUGUGGCCCGGCUUCACUGCACGCCAUCAAAGAAGGAGAGGUGGCCUUGAAGUAUGACACCCCUUUCAUUUUUGCUGAGGUGAAUGCAGAUGUUGAGGACUUGGUGCGCCUGUCCACCGGACAGUUUGUGAAGUUCAGUGGAUCCACCAAGGCUGUGGGACAUUUUAUCAGUACAAAAGCUGUUGGCUCAAAUGAGAGACAUGACAUCACGCACCAGUACAAAUAUCCUGAAGAAUCCAAAGAAGAGCGGCAGGUCUAUGAGAAGGCCCAGCACCGCAACAAGCUGCUGAAGAAAGGAGAAGAGCCCGGACUCCAUCUGAAGAUCAAACUGGCUAAAGACAUGAUUGUGGGCUCCAACUUUGAGGUGUAUGCUGUGCUAACCAACAACUGCAUGGACGCAAGGACCUGCAACUUCCUUUUCUUUGCCAGAGCGAUCAGCUACGAAGGAAAACUUGGGGACAGCUGUGGAUUUUCAUCGGACAACUUGGAGGUUCCCGCUGGAGAAGAGAGACGUCUUUCUCUGAAACUGGAAUACAAGAGUUAUGGCACAGCGAUCACCUCUGACCUGCUGAUCCAGGUGUCGGCCAUCACCGUUGACAAGCAGACCAUAGACUUUCAUAAGGCUGAAAAAAUAAUUGUGCUAGAUGAGCCAGAAUUGGGGAUCAAGCUGGUGGGUGAAGCCAGACUGAACCAGCCUGUCACUGCAGAGCUGACCUUGUUGAACUCUUUACCAGAGCCGCUGCUGGACUGCAGCUUCGCCAUAGACGGCGUCGGCCUUACAGACGGAAAGCCCAUAAUAGCAAAAGUGGGAACUGUGGGGGCAAAACAAGAAGCAAAGGCCAGCAUUGACUUUAAGCCCAUCGUUGCUGGCUCCAGUGUGCUGCUGGUGAACUUUGAUAGCAACAAGCUGAAGAACGUGAAGAGUUUCAUUGAUGUUGUUGUGAAAGAAUGAAUCACACCACAGUUCUUUCCGCUUGCAGCAUCAAAUAAACAUUGUGAGAUUGCAAAGCACAGGCAGAAAGGAAGACAAAAGAUUGUUACCAAUAUAUAAACUUCACCCUCUUGAAAUAGUACAUAUAUUGCACUACCGUUAUCAGAAUAAGAAGCAUUUGUUUAAUUUGCCAAUAAACUUGAAAAGACAAACAUGCUCUACAAUGGAAAUGUUUGUAUUUGUCUAGAAAAAAAUAUUUUAAAAUCUGUAUUUUAAUAGUUUUACAUUGGCC